UCGCGUGCUCUAGGACGACCGCACUUGAGCGGGGAGGUUGGAGCAGGUGACCCACUGUGGUCCCUUCCAGCCUUCCCCAUGCCGUGAUUCUGUGUGGUGCUCUCAGCACAUGGAGAAUCCCGUGUCUCUGUGCAGGGUUCCAGUGUGUGUCCCAGUGUGUGUCGGUGCAUUGCUGUGCCUGGUCGCUAUGACAGCCCGGUGGCAUUUAGGGUUGCAGGGUACGUGAAAGACAGCUAAAACAGACCGCCUCCCUGCAAGACACACAACUUGGGUCACUGCUGACCUUAGCAGUGAUGUUAUUUUGCUGCACGAGCAGCACGAACUCAAGUUAUUUAGCUACAACUGUGAUCUUAGAUCAGCUCUGUGUUUUAGAAGAGCUGCUGUUUCCUACUGCUAAUGGGUGACUGCUUAUAUCUUACUAUAAUGUACUGACUCAAAAAGACUGUAACACAUGUGGAUUAAGUUGCCACUAUGAUUAUGGUAUACCAUACUUCAAAGCUGUAGAGUGUAAUGAAUUCUUUGCAGUUCUCUUAAAUGGAGCAACACAGUGGGAAUUUUAACAAGGUGGUCUGUCAAGUGCUGAUCAGACUAUUAAAGAAGGAACUGUCAAGCUUAUCCUUCUGUUUUCAGUGCCAUAAUUUUCCCACUUGAAUUUAUACUGAAACAAAUUGUGAAGAUCAAGUUAAUAAUCCUUGCAGUAAUAUUAAACAAAAGCAUCCAAGAGCAGUUCUCAUAAGGAAACUUCAAAAAUGUUAUUCACUGGGAUAAAGGUUAGGAAUUCUUGCCUUCUAUGUCAGACAGAACAGGAGUACAGAAAAUGGCAGCCCCAAAAAAAUUACAAGGAAAUAUUAAUGUUCUGGUCUAGACUUAGAUUAGGGGGGAGGGAAAAAGUGUUUACUAUAUCUGGUGGUAAAGUAACUGCCUUAAAAUUCAUGGUUUCAAGCACAUUUACAUGUUAGGAUAGGAUUACUUAAAGCUUGAUAGAAUGUUUGUGGAGUAUAUGUAACUGUUAUUGUCAGAUGCUGUGAAGGAACACUUGUCUCCAAAUAAGUCUGAAAAAUCAAAACCAUUACAGGGCAUUAAGAUGUGAUUGAAGAAUAGCAUUGAGUUAUUACUCUUGAUUUGGUAAUCAUACACAUCUAUAUUAGGAUUUGAAGGGUGGAAUUUCUUCUUUUCCUAUUAUUCUUCUACCCACAGUCUGUUCCCAGGAUUUCUAAUACCUUAGAGCAGUGAAAAGGUAGAUUAGGUUAGCUAGUGUGCCAGAGGGGAAGAAAAGAUAAUAAGGCUUAUCUUGUUUCUGAUGGCACCAUUGUUACAUGAGUGACGUGUAAGAAAUUAUUGAAUUUUAUGUUUCCAGCAAGGAAAUUCUUUACAUUGACAGGAGGAAGGAAAGAGAAUACUAUUUGUUGGGCAUUAGUGUUUAAAAUCCUGCUUAAUAGAAAAAUGUGUUGUCUCUGUCCUUGGCGGUUUUCUGUAACAGAACAUGGAUUCACAGAAGGAUGUUCAGCCUCCAAAGCAGCAGCCAAUGAUUUACAUUUGUGGAGAAUGUCAUACAGAAAAUGAAAUAAAGGCAAGAGAUCCUAUCAGAUGCAGAGAAUGUGGCUACAGAAUAAUGUACAAGAAAAGGACAAAAAGACUGGUGGUUUUUGAUGCCCGAUGAUAUCUGCUGAAGAUACAGUGACUUCAUGAUGCAGUUUAAUCUUUCUGAUAACUUUUCUCUGUAAAACUAUCUGUGUACAAAUGCACACUCUUAUUUGUGUUUUAAGAGGUUAUUAAAGUUUACUGUAAUACUAAAUUUUGUCUAUACCAUCUUCCAGCAAUAGAUUUCUAAAACUGCUGUUUAAAUUGUCAGAGUAUGCAGUAUUUUUUAAGUUCAAUCGUUUUGUAUUCUUUUUGACUUAACUGUGUUUUCAUUACUGUCAUCUAAACUUUAUUUGCAUUUUAACUUUGUUAAAUGUUUCUUUGGACUUCUGUGAAUUGCAUAAAAUAACUGUGGUUUGAAUAAAUUCCACUGAAAAUAAA